UUGAGGCGCGGGGUCCGUGGCCGGGUUGUUGUUGUUUUCAAAUCCGAAAAAUAACAAGGGGGAGAAAAAAACACCCCUCCCCGAGCCCGCAGCCCCCAACCGCGGGCACUUUGCAAACCGCCUCCCUUUGCAUCGCCGCGAAUGCAGCCGGAGCCCGGGCUCUGCCUUUGGAUGCGAUCUCGGAGCAGCCGGGAGAGAGAGAUAAUCAGGGUUUUAAUCUUCUCGGGAGUUUGGAGGCAGCAGGAGGUGAAAUAAAAAGAGGAGUCGUCACAGCUUCGAGCAACAUGGACACGGCGAGAGACUGAAGUGUGUUGAAGAUGUCCAGGAAGCCUCCGAGCAGACGUGGUAUUACUUUUGAGGUGGGCGCAAGGCUUGAAGCACGUGAUAGACUGAAGAAAUGGUACACGGCACACAUUGAGAAGAUUGAUUACGAAGAGGGGAAGGUGCUGAUUCAUUUCAAGCGCUGGAAUCAUCGUUACGACGAAUGGUUUAGCUGGGACAGCGUGUACCUCCGGCCUUUAGAGAGGCCGCUGCUGCGGAAAGAGGGGGCCAAGCUGGAUGAGCCCGUCGUGGAGUUCCGCCCCAGUGAACAAGUGUUGGCCUGCUGGUCUGACUGUCGCUUCUACCCAGCUAAAGUUAUAUCAGUCAACAAGGAUGCUUCGUACACGGUGGAAUUCUACGAUGGCGUUGUGCAGACUGUGAAGAAAAUCCACGUCAAAUCUCUUCCCAAGAGCUCGCGGGACAAGAAUGCUGCGAGUGGUAGGAAUAAAGAAAAUGGCUCCGGCAGUGCAAGACAAAGGGAGAGGUUACGGGACAGGGCUCCCUCAUCCCUUGCGGAUGAGCGGGUCAGGGAGAACAAGAUUAUGGAGAAGAAGGAGGAAGAGGCCAAGCCAGCGGUGCCUGAAGUGGAGCAAAAGCCUUCUCCCGAAGCCCCUCGGGAGCAGGCUGAGCAGCCAAAGAGCUCGCCAGAGGCCCCGUCGCAGAAGAGCUCUCCGUCUUCCAGUGAGCUGGGAAAGCCAGAGGAGAAGAGAAAGCGCGGGAGGCCCCCGUCUGUGGGGCUAGCAGGCAGCCAUUCUAAAGGGGCUGCACGUCAGAACGAUCGCAAACCACUUCCACCACACCAAGGGGGCUCCGGAACUGGAAAGAGGAAGUCUGCCUCCGAUGUCUCAUUGCAGCCGAAGCACACCAGGCUUAGCAAGCCAGCAGGCCCGCGGCAGUCCACGGGUGAGCAAGGACAGAGCCAGAUCAGAAGGAGGUCUUUACGUCUCGCUUCUGGGGACAGCAACUCCUCGUCGAUGGGUGGCCAGGCCGAGGGAGCAGAGACACGGAGCAAGACCAAGGAGCAGGACAAGGUCGAGCAAGCAGCAGCAGGAUCUGAACCCUCUGCCCAGGUACACCAGGCUCCCUCUAUCAAAGUGCAGUGUUCCUCAGACACUGGCCCCAAAACCUCCACAGCCGAGGCCGUUACAAGCCCUAAGCACCAAACCGGUGAAGCAGCCAAGCCGAGUUCCUCAGUGCCGAGCGCGGAGUCGAAGCCUCCUCCCAAGGAAACUGCUCCAGUUGUGAAGCGUGUGCCACGAUCCCAGAACCCAAACAGAUACAGUAGGGAACCCUUGACAAGCAGCACUCCGAAUCCCGAAAACCACCUGCCCCCCAAGGCGCUGAUCAUCGAGCUGGACCACAACAAGUUCAAGUGCAAGAUCCCAGAGUGCUCGAAGGCCUUCCGCAAGGCCAAGAUGCUGCACUACCACAUGAAGUACUACCAUGGCAUGGAGAAGGCCGAGCCGGAUCCCGGCUCCCCGAAAAGGAGCAUGCAGACACGGGGUUCCUGUGCAUCGGAGAGCGACACGCUGCUGGACAGCCCCAAGCGGCGGCGCACCACCUCGGGCUGUUUACAAUGGUCCCAGCAAGCGUCUCACAGGGGCUCGCAGUCCUCCAGCGCUGAACUCCCCCCUGGCAGGCUGGCGGAGAAACGGAGGGUAUCGACACCAUCCUCUCUGGACAUCGCGGCACAGUCCAGGCUCUCGCUCCGUGAGAAGAGCAAGGAUAGUCCGACCGAGAGGUCGCAUCAGAAGCUGCAAGACCGGGAAAGCGGGUCAAGGGAGAGGAGUAAAGAGAAGAAGCUGCGUGAUUUCCUGAAGGUCAAGCUGAAGAAAAAGAAGAAGAAGAAAAAGAAGUCCAAAUCUGAGUUUUCUGGCAGCGAAGAGAACGUAGAUGUCUCCAGAGAUUUCCCACCAAAAAGAUCCACGUUCCCUUCAACCAGAUCGUCCUCUUACAGAUAUCCUUUCUCUCAUAAAUAUACGUCCUUACGCAGUUCUGACUCUGGAUACUACAUAGAAGGGCUGAAAUUUGACGACAUUUCAGAUGACGACCCAACGAGUGACUCUUCGACGGACAGCCUGCUGUGGAGCGAAGACGACUACAGUCAGGACGUGGAUGUGACCACGAAUCCCGAUGAGACUGGCGAUGGCGACGGCAGCCAGUUAGAAAUUGUACGCUGCGUCUGUGAGGUGGAGGAAGAGAACGAGUUCAUGAUUCAGUGUGAGGAUUGUUUGUGCUGGCAACACGGAGUCUGCAUGGGCCUACUGGAGGACAGCGUGCCCGAAACCUAUACUUGUUAUAUCUGCAGGGACCCACCAGAUCAGCGUUUGAGCUCCAGGUACUGGUACGACAAGGAGUGGCUAAGCAGUGGCCAUAUGCAUGGCCUGACCUUUGUAAAAGAGAAUUAUUCCCACCAGAACAGUGGGAAGAUCAUUUCGACACACCAGCUACUGGGGGAUGUCCACAAGGUGAUCGAGGUGUUGCACGGCCUGCAGCUGAAGAUAUACAUCCUGCAGAAUAAAGACCAACCGGACCUGAAGUUGUGGUGCAAACCCUGGAGAAUCUCCUCAACGGCCUUUGAGAAGCUGAGGGAGAGGCAGAGUGCGCCCAGCGAGGACAGCAAUAGCGCGGUCAGCGCCAGUGCCAGCACACCGUGCCGGGCACAGAACGGCACAGCCGAGCGGCAGAGCAGGCUCCCCAUGAUCGAGGAGUCCUACAUCACCAACGAGCACUGUUACCAGAAGCCUCGGGCCUACUACCCAGCAGCAGAGCAAAGGCUGGUGGUGGAGACCCGCAACUCCGCGCUGGAUGAAGGGAUCGGGAGGAUGAGGGAGAACGGAGACGAGACUCUGGCCGAGAGAUUCGGGCGGAAUCUCGACGAUGACUCGGGCAGAUCCGACAUUGAGGUUUGCCGAGAGGAAACCAGUUCCUGCAAGGUCCGUGGCAGCAGCGGUGACAGCUCCCCUGAGACAGAGCGGGAGAAAGAAAGCUCCGAGCUGAAGGAAAGUGGGAAUGAAGGGCCCGGUGACCCCCAGCUGCAGUGGCAGGUCAACCUACUGACCCACAUCGAGUCGUUGCAGGAUGAGGUCUGUCAUCGGAUGGACUUCAUCGAGAGAGAGCUGGACGUUCUCGAGAGUUGGCUGGACUAUUCUGGUGAGCUGGAGCCUCCUGACCCACUGACCCGACUGCCUCAGCUCAAACACCGAAUGAAGCAGCUCCUCACUGACCUAGGCAAAGUGCAGCAGAUAGCUUCCUGCUGCCCCGUGUGAGAGACACCAGGCACCCCCAGAGGACCAUUUGACCACCAGGACAUUGAGGCAGGGUCAGAGGUCGGUCAGCUUCAACAGCAGGAACGUUGCCAAAGGAUUACCGGGCUGUCAUGUGACUGGCCUUCACUCGGUACCGCGAGGUGAAUCUUGACUCCGGUUUCUGUUUGUAUUUCUUGUUCGGGGUUCUGGCCAUGCUCUGGUUGUUCUGACAGGGGAAGGGGGCUGGCCACAAGCCUACGUUCCAGUGAACCCGAGUCCAUCAUCUGUCUGCCCGUCUCCUGCUUGCUUUAACUCUUUUGGAACACUGUCAAGAGGUCGACUCACCAUCCGGACGUUUUAGAGAAGAAAAGGCUUUUUUUUAAAGAAAACCGAGAAGUUGCAAAGAAUUAUUGGUGUAUUUAAAAUUUCCAUGUUGUUUUGUUUUUUGGUUGAAGGAUAGAUCUUUCCUUGUGUUUUUUCAGGAAGAGCUCCUGGCCUGCUCCUGAGCUCUAACAGAGUGGGUUUCCUGAGCGAACUCUGGAGAGCUAAUGCAGAGACCAGCUGGGACAGAUUGUUUUAUGUCAAUUCUUCAGAGUUGUUCAUGCAAUCUCGAAUUGUUAACUUAAUCCACCCAGGGUUGUAAAGUUUUGAUCUCACCCCUUUCAAAAGCACCUGAUAGUUUAUUAUUCCCCAGUUACAUCAGCUCCGUCGUUGUAGGGGGAGGUAGAAAGGCUGACUGUUUCAGCUCCAUGUUAAUGCUGUGUAAACAAAUGGGUUUUCAAUGAACCAAUGCAUCUUCCAUCGUGUGUGUCAGAGGGAGGGAGGGAGUCACGGCCCAAGCUCGAUGUUUUGCUGAUGAUUCAUUCUUCUCAACUUCUUUUGAAUAUUCUCCCCAAACCAGGCUGUGUCCACUCCCACGGGGGACAAUGUGAAGCUACCCAAGUAGUGACUCCAUUAUAGCAGUUAGCGGAAAGUAUAUACACGAAUGUACAGUCAGGGCGGUGGGGAGGAACAGGAGGAGACCAUUUAGCCUCCCCUCGAGCCUGUUCCACACCACUGUGUCUAGCCUGUUCCUUAACACCAUAUCCCCACUGUCUAGUCUGUUCCUCCCUUGCCUAACAAAAACUUGUCGACGGUUGAGUUAAAUAUUGCAGAUGCUGGCAAUCCGAAAUAAAAACCAGCAUUGCUGGGAGCACUCUGCAGAUCAGACCACACCAUUUCAGAGAGAGCAACAGUGCGGACAUUUCAAGGAAGUGACCUUUCAGCUGAACUGAAACUACUAGCAGUCAGGUGAUGUUCCAUUUUAAUUUUGGUCUAUAAAGAGAAGAGACAAUAGAUUUUCCCCCUAAAGGGAUACAUGUCACUCCGUCUUUCUGCUGUGCAGGUGAUGGCUGAACAAUACAUAUCCACAUUUUCAGUUCUUUGCAGAUUCCUAAGAGAUUAAUUUGAGUGCUGAGGUCCUGAGAUAUGGAACUGGCUUUAACUGCCAGUGGCUAAGAAAGGAUUGCCAACUCAGGGGCAUAACAUGGUUUGCAAGAAAGGACAUUGAGCUGGGAGUAAAUCACUGGCCCACUCUCUUCCCAUUCUCUGAUAAACUCAACAGAACUCCCUUCCUGAUCUAACUGUCUCUUUCUCUCCUAUCUUGGUCCUUUUUAGAGACCCUUUCCCAAUUUUUGAUUACCUCCAAGUUGAGUAUUUACCCUCCAGAGUGAGCAUUUUGAAUAAGUUACUCUGUUUGCACACAGCAGGUUCAUAAUCUUUUUACUUUGGCAUCUCUUUUCUAAAAAAAAAGGGGGUUAGUUUACAUGUUUAGUUUUCCACUUAAAUCCUUCUGAAUUUGCCCUUCAAAAUGGAUUCCUUAUCCAUGUUAUGAUGAACUUCUUACCUAUGGUUAAUGUAUACACUUGAAUUGUGGCCCAUGACCAGUUAGACAUGUUCCUAGGGACCCAUGAGAAGAUGCUUCAUCCAUAUGUGGCACGAUAGCUCAGUGGUUAGCUCUGCUGCCUUGCACAACCAGGGACCUGGGUUCAAUUCCCACCUUUCUGGAAUUUGCAUGUUUUCCAGGUGUCUGCGUAGGUUUCUUCCGGGUGCACCGAUUUCCUCCCACACUCCAAUGAUAUGCAGGUUAGAUGGAUUGGCCAUGCUAAAUUAUCCAUUGUGGCUAGAGAUGUGCAGGUAGGUGGAUGAGCCAUGGUAAAUGUGGGGUUACAGGAAUAGGGUAGGGAAAUGGAUCUGGGUGGGAUGCUCUUGAGGGGGUUGGGUAUGGACUCAGUGGCUUGCUUCCACACUGUAGGGAUGAGUCAUGGGCACAACAUGGUUGUCUCUGUUACGGACAAACCGAGACUCUGAUGCAUUGAGGGGGUCAUAACCCCCCCCCCCCCUUCACUGAAUUCCAUUUCCACUUUGACCCAACUGGAGAGGUCAGAGGUCAAAUGCCAGAAGUAUCCAACGCAGCUGCUGGAGAUCUGAAACAAAAAUCGUGAGGAGGUCAGACAGCACUUGGAGAUAGAAGAUUGGAACUAAACGUUUCAAGUCGUGAAACUCCUGUAUUGAAACUCUGGCCUAUCAGGGUAACAUGGCUUCCCUCCAUGGAAGCGGCCUGACAUCUUGUGUCUUUCCAGUGCUUAAUUUCAGAGACAAACUUAAUUUGUGCAGAAAGUUCAGCCGACAGAGAAGUGGAGUGAACGAAUACUACUUGCACUGAAGUUGUUUUUGUUUUGGGGGGGAGGCUUUGCCUGGUCCUGCCUGCUCCCUUUCAAGCCGUGCCAGUCCUGAUUCUGAGAGAAGCCUACCAGGCUUCUCCAGUUGAUGGUGAUGAAACCAGAGCACUUGUGCCGGGGCUGUGUUGUUGCUACACCUAUGGUGGAAGCCAGUAGUGUGGUAUGGGGGUGGAGCUGUGCGUUGGCUGUACAGUAAACUUGUUGAAUCUGCAAACUCAUUUACGCCUGCUCCGAGCCUACAACACUAUCACGUUGAUUGCAUUCCGUCUGGCAAAUUAUUCUGAUUCGAACAGAAGACAUUUUGUGUUGCUAAUCCUGUACCAUGGCUGCAGUAGCAGUGCAAGCUCUGAGAUCUUGGAAGGGGUGAAAUUGACACGGGUCAGGUAACUAGGUGAGAGCUUAACGCUAUCUUUAUUUACAGACGUUAGUAGGUGACUGGGUCAGUUGCCCUCCCCAAUUGCUUUGGUUCGGAAUUUUAGAAGCACGUAUUACACAACAGCGUUGGCCCUGCGUGCAGUAGUUACCACAGUAUAAGUCAGUAUCAGAAACAGUACACUGUGACCUACAUAAUGGGUGUUCAGACUGGCUUCCUCCAGGAGACUCAGCCUCUGAAAGUAACACAUGGCACCUGGUCGUGGGGUGGAGUUACGUCAUGAACAGCAAUGGAUAUUAUUUAUUCCCCAAAAACAUUAGAUUUUUUUUCACAGCCAAGUGAAACUACGCUUGUAGGAAUUAAGGUUGUGGCUAGUAUUUGAAGUAUUGAUAAUCCAGUUCCUUCCCAUUUUGCUCCGGUGUGGUGGUGUUGGAGCUCUGAGUGGGGGUGGGGCUGGUUGGGCAGUUGGUCAUUUUCACCUUUGACCUGUUCAGAGGUCAGCAACCCUUUGGAAGCCAGCACGCUGUCAGAAUAUGAGGUUUUCUUCGGGAAGUUGUGUAAAAUGGCAAACUGUGAUAAUGGAUCAGGAGAGAGGUUUACUCUGUUACCUGCAGCUACUUUGUGUUGCACUAUUUAUUGAAGUUUUCUGGUAAAGUUGGAGUGUAGGUGGAGGCUGUACAAUUCCACUGGGCACGUGCUUUCUUUCUGGAUGAGUCAGGGUCCAGAGAGCAUACUGCAUGAGCCCCAUGGACUGCUGGCUUGAAGUGUCUUAUUCUCGUUUGGUAGUCUGUCCCAUGCCCGAAACACAAAAAGUUUCGAUAUAAAGUCUUCUCUGCUGUAAACCCAAAUCCAAACAGAUCGCUGUCUUGAUCUUUCAAUAAAAUUGCCUCCCCUGCGUUUUUUUUAUAUAAAUUAGUGCAGGACUUGAUCAGUAUCAAACCCUGUCCCAAAAAUGCUCCUGACUCAAACCUCUGCCUCAUGAUGUGAUUUAGCAGCUGCCCGAUUCCUGUCAGGAUUGAAUGAAUAUAUCAAAGUGAAAUGGCAAGACUGUAGUGUCAGGCUGCUGGAUGGAGUUGACUUCACUACUUGGGAAGACUUUCUGAUCCCGUUGAGAUGGAGUGUUUCUCAGUUGAGACCUUAGCUUGAGGCUUGAUGGUUGGUGUGGGGCUGGAAGGCUAAGACAGCACAGCACUUAAGGCCUUUUAAAAAGGAGCCGAGCUUUCCCUGAGGUUUUCCACAUCCAGAAUCGGGCAUGAGAGGGCGACCAAUUCCACACCCUGCGUAGUUUUUUUUUAGAAAAGCAAAGAUUUAAUGGCACUUUCACUCUGUCAGCCAACAGCCAUUGCUGCCUUCCAGCUCAGUCGGCUAGACGGCUGGUCUGCCAUGUAGAGGGAUACCCACGGCGUGGGUUCAAAUCCUGCACCAGCUGAGGUUACCCUGAAGGACUCUCCUCCUCAGCCUCUCUCCUCGCCUGAGGGGAGAUGACCGUCUGGUUCUCUCUCUCUCUCUCUCUCUCUCUCUCUCUGUUUCUCUCUCUGUUUCUCUCUCUCUCUCUCUACCAGCCCAGUGGUCCUCUGAGACAAUGACAAUGGCAAUUAGAGUCUGUGACCCUUAACCCACACUUGAGGAAGCCGUGCCCAACUGGCAGGGAUUCUGAUUGUGUGGUGUUGGCAACCCCCUGCCGUUGGGGUGCGGGUACUCAAUACACCCAGGACAGAAUGCACCAGACUUACUGGAUGCUUGCCAAACCAUCUGAGGCGUUUUAUCUCUUGAAUCAAGCAAUUUUUGGGAAAAAAAACCAGAAAUUUUGAAUUGUGUUUAUAGGACCCUGCAGUAUUUAACACUGAACUGACAGGUACCCUGUGUAAUGAUGGAGAGUUGAAAUUUGUGAACUAGUUUUCCUGUGUUACUGGACUGUGGAACUAUUACCAACUUCAAUAUGGCACAAAGCAACUCCUGCCCACUCAGCACUGUUUUCUCGUCAUGUCUUGUUCCUGCCUGUGUUUAUAUUUUAAAACUACUAGUCAAACUGUCUGUCUUACACCCUAAAGUGGUGUUGUGUGUGGGUUUAAUGAGACCAGCAGAACAAAAGGGUCUCCUCUUCAGCCACAAGGCUGUCACCCAGUCAACAAUUGGCAGUGUAGAGUUAGGAUCAGGCAGUGGGAGUGGGAGAGGGUGAAAAUAUACAACUCCAGUGGCCAUAGACAGAAAGCAUGUAAAGCCAGUUAGUUGUCCACCAUGUCACGCUCGGAAAGCCACUGUUUUGGGUUGUAGAAUAAGCUCAAAGGGGAGUGAUUUCCUUGCCCCCUGUUCCUGUUAGGGUGGGAGUUGCCACUUUACGUUUAGAGAUAGCCCUGUCGUACCGUGUCAUUGAGCUCUCUCCAAGGAGAGGUGACCUGAACACUGUUUUUACAAACUGACUGUGUGGGACGGGGGUAAAUGAGGCCAAGCCGAGAGACUGCAGCACGAGGAGCCAACCCUCUGUCUACCCAUCUCCUCCCCGCCCCCCCCCCCCCCCCCCAAAAACUCCAGCCAUUAACCAUCUCAGCACCUUGCAGCAAUGCAGGUUCAAUCCCCAUGGUUCCGUUUCACCACCCCCUCACCUUUCCCCUUGUGCAAGGUGCAUUGAUCACCUUUUACACAGCAUGCUAUUCCCCCCCCCCACCCCCCGGCCUUUAGAAACUGUUUGAAUUGUAUUUUGUGCUCGUUUCGUUGCUGGAACUAUUCGGUUUGAAGAGCUUGUUGAGACUGAAAAGACAAGUUGUUCAAUUUUGAAAACCCACAACUGAGGACAAGAAAUUAAAGCACAUUGUAUCAUGGGCACAGAAUGGGUUAUGUUUACAUGGACUAUGCACUAAACAAGGGGGUGGCUGAAUUUGAAUGUGCUGUUGUAUGUAGCGCAUUAUCUUUGUAGUCAAUGAUGUUUAUCAGCAGUUGCAAGUUCUUCUUUCUUAGUGUUUGAAUAAUAAAAGAGAAUAUGUUUUGUUUUGUUCUUAA